AUGACCGGCAAAAUAUUUAAAGUAGGAAACCUGGAGUUGCAAGAGCGGGUCAGACCCAGGGCCCUCACACCCAGCAACCUGGAACAGACAGACCAGUCAGUGUUGUUCUGUCAUGUCCAAUAUCUUUCCAUUUCUCUGCCUCGUCCUUUCAGAGCCACAUGCAGGGAGGUGGCCCAGGUCUGCCUGUUCCUGAUCUCCAGGCAGAUGGAGGAUGGUAGCUGGGGAGAGGACUUCGAGUCCUGCGAGCAGCACAGAUACGUGCAGAGCUCCACCUCCCAGAUCCACAACACCUGCUGGGCACUGCCAGGGCUCAUGGCUGUCAGGUACCCAGGUGUUCGGGUGCUGGAAAAGGGGAUCAAGGUUUUGAUUGACAAGCAGCUGCCCAAUGGGGACUGGCCUCAGGAGAACAUCUCUGGGGUGUUCAACAAGUCCUGUGCAAUCAGCUACACCUCCUACCGCAACGUCUUCCCCAUCUGGGCCCUGGGGCGCUUUGCCCGCCUGCACCCCGGCAGCGCCCUUGCUGGAAAGCUGCAGCCCAGGUCCUUGCACAGCGAAGAGGAGAUCCUGGCUGGAGGGAAGCGGGAUGGGGUUCUGUCAGGGUCCCCCUUUGCCUGAGCCUGGGCCCUGCCCAUGCCCCAUGGCAGGCCUGCAGCCUCAGUGACACCCCAGCUGGAUUUGCUUGGCUACAAGGCUGUUUACGGGAGACUGGCAGGCCCUGGCGCUGCGUCAUGGUCCAUGAGGACUCUGCACAUUGAUUCUAGCUCCGGGCCUACAUGUGGGGUUGGAGGGGGCAGCGAGUGUGUGGGCACUGGCUGGCUUAUAGUCAAACAUGCUGUACGUCUGGGGCUUGGCUUGAAUGGACCCCUCUUCCCGGACCCAUUGUGUAAAAGGCUGUGUGUCUGCAGGUGAACGCUGCUGCGCAGGACAGGCUGCUGGGGGGUGGGGCCUAACCGUAUGACUGUGAGCAGGUGUCUGCACUUCAAGCUGGAGGAGACACGCCAGCGCUCACUGAGAUCGAGUUCGGGCGCUAACCCACGGGUUCCCAAACCUGCUCCCUGCGGCCCGCCUGUGCAGCUGCCAUGGCGCUGCGCCCACUAGUAACACUGCUUGAGGAGACGAUUAACUGUAAUUACUACAUCCAUAUACACUAGAACACUAGAAACCACGUCCUUGGUUCCUUUUCCUGGUCAUCUAAGCAGGGGUAAUGAGAGAAAUCCCUAGCCGCACUCACUCAAAGAAAUGCUUCAAGGUCUUUGAAACCAAACAGUUUUAGUAAAGCUCCACUUUAAAAAGUGUGGAGAGCAAAAUGUGUUCACACAAGGAAAACACAAUUUGGUAUACAACUGAACAAUAAGCACCACAACAACGGUAACACAACUGUUGAAUAAUAACACAAUGUGGUUUUUUUAUUUUUAAAUCAAAACAGUUGGCCAGCUUAGCCCACGAUAUUGUGUUUUCUAUAUUUUAGUGUAAAAUCUGAAUGUUUAUGGUGUGUAAGUAAAGACCCAGCCCAGCUCUCUACUAAUUAGGUCAAAUAUUGUAAAUAAAAAUAUAAAAUAA